CCAUACAUGGGCGCCUGAAUUAAUGCCAAUAAAAUACCGCAAAUGCCCUUCAAAUUAAGUAACACAGUAGGAAACCGAAAAGGAACAAGCGACAAACCCGCGUCGUAAAAUUGGGCCUUUUAAAAAUGAGGAAGACGACUCCGAAGCGUGGAAACAGAGCAGUAGGGAAGCAGGAGAAACGAACCCAAGCUUCAACAAAGCAGGCGACCACUGAAUCUCACGUUAUUACUGUCGACGGAGUGGAGUAUGUGAAGAUAACUGAGUAUGAUAACUUUGUGUUGGAAAAAUCUAUGAAAAUAAAUUCUUAUUGUAAUCCAGUAAAGGCAAUGGAGAGUAUAAGGAGCUAUUUAACUGAAGAUGAGCUCAAAGAAUUCAGGAAAUCAGUGUACGGUUAUUUACUUGACUUGGGAAACAUACCUUGGGUAAAUGGGCAGUUGUUAAUCCUACUCUACACCAAUCAUGUUGAGCGUUUGAAUACAGGGAAGGGCAACACAAAGCUGGAAUUUUUUAUUGGUAACAACGUUGCAUGUUUUACAAAACAGGACAUGUCUUUAAUUAUCGGGUUCCCGUUUGGUACACAGAAGGAAAUAACAUGCAUUCAAGCUCCAAUGGAGUUGUGGAGAAGAUACUUUUUUGGAAUGAACAUAGUUGCAUGAAGAGUCAUUAAAAGGGUUUUUCAAUCAGGGAAACCAAGAGAGAGUGGAGCAGAGUCAAUGGACGCGGUAAAGCUUGGGUUAUUGCAUGUCUUAGGCAGUCAUAUUCUAGGAAAUCAAUCAUCAACAAAGCUCCCAUCGAUGUACAUUAAUUUGGUAGAUGAUAUCGAAAAGUUCAAUAAAUAUCCAUGGGGUGAUGUUGUGUGGGAUGAUCUACAUAAACAAGUAAGGAAGUGUGCGGGUGUUCUUUACCAGGAGCCAUCUGCAAGAUUUACAUUUCCAGGAUAUGUAUUUGCUCUGCAGAUCUGAGCAUAUGAGACUUUCCCGGGCCUUGAAAAAGCUAAUGUUUGUGUGAGGAGGGCGAGAUAAAAAUAUGUGGCCUAGGACACUGCAAUGGGCAGCCCCUGCUAGGCUGUCACAGCAAGUCGUUGAGGAUGUGAUAUUUAAUAAUGACCGGGUGGGAAAAGUAAAUAAUUUAAUGUAAGUGUUGUAUUUGUCAUAUUGGGUAAUAUAAUAAUGUUUUUAUAAUUAUGUGUGCAGGUAGAAUGGGAAGAAAUGAAACCCACUGAAAAAGAGCUAAAGAUGGACUCGGUUAUUAAAGCAUUGACAAGCAAUUUUAAUGAAGUUGAUGUGAAGGAGGGAAAUGAUACUGAUGAUUUUGAAGAACGGGAAUCUAGUAGAGUGAUGGCCAAGGCAGUAAAGACAAGCAGUAAGGUAGGACAAAAAGGGCUGGUUGUGCAAAAAGGGAAAGCAAAAAGUAAAAAGAUACCCGGAAAUGAAGAGAAAGAAGAUAAAGUGAUGCACAAUAUCAUGGCAGCGAUUGUAUCACAAGGAAAAAGACUAGAAAAGCUAGAAUCUAAGGUGGAUAAGUUGUGUGAGUUGCAAAUGAAACAAUCCAGCGUGUUGAACAAGUUUUGGCUAGUAGAGGCAUGAUGUGGAAGCCUAAAAAGAUGAAGAAAGUGUCUAAGAAAGCAGCAAUGAAAGAUAAGGAAGACAUGCCAAACUUUGACUUGGGUAUGGAGUUUAAUGAACAUGUGGUCGAGGAUAGUGAGCAAGGUAAUGAGCAUGAUGAAGUUGAGGAGUUAGGUUGCGAGAGAGCGGAGACGGUUGAUGAGAUGGUGGACGAUGAUGUGCAAAUGACACAAGAUGACAUGUUCAAGGAAAUAGAUGGAUCAAUGAACACCCAACAACUAGUGAAGAAGGUCGAAUUGAUUGAAAAGAAUAUGAUGAAUGAUGAGACAAAGAAAGAAGAGCAGAAUGAUCUUCAGAGCUUUGAAGAUAUAGGAAUGCUGGAUACGCAUCUGCUGUGUGCGGAGGUUGAUGUGAUUUUUGAGAAAUACAUGGGCAAUAAGGAGGCAUGCACAUGGUGCAAGGAACUAAUACAUGGGCAAUAAGGAGACAUGCCCUCCGAAGAGGACAUUAAAAACAUAACACAUGGUGCAGUGUGUGAUGUGUGAUUAAAUAAAAUUUCAAGCAUUAUAUUUUAUUAAAUUUUAAUGCACAUAGUGCAUUAAACAUGUCGUUAAAGGAAUAGUCAUAGCAUCCAAUAAAAAUUUUAAUGCAUAAGCCAGGGCAGUAUAGCCUUUGCACAGAACUUAC